AUGGUUUCGGCAGACCGGCAAACCAUCAUCGAGACCAACAAGUCUCUGCGCAUCAUCAAGAAUGAGCUCGAGAGCCUAUACGAAAAGGGCCCUAGCCGGCGCCCGCGCCGCCGCCGCACCCUCCUCCUCCUCCUCCUCGACGCCCGCCCCGCCGCGCGCGCCCCGCCCCCAGCCGCGCCGACCCCGGACAUCUCCAACCUCAGCAUCCGGGACAACAACGCCCAGGCCCCGCCGCCGCCCUACGGCAACCCCUCCCCCUCCGCCGCCGCCGCCGCUCCGCCGCCGCCUCCGCCGUCGGGCAAGCCGGUCCUCUCCCACGCGCGCGCGCUGUACCGGUACGCGGGCGCCGACGCGCACGACUGCGCCUUUGAGCGCGAUGACCGCAUCGCCGUGCACGAGUACAUGAACGCCGACUGGUGGAUGGGCCGCAACCUGCGCACCGGCCGCGAGGGCAUCUUCCCGCGCAACUACGUCGAGCCCGAGGCCGCCCCCGUCCCCGCCCCCGUCGCCAGUCCCCAGCAGGGCUACCCCGUCAACGAGAAGGCGGUCGGCGGCGGCUACUACGGCGGCGGCGGCGGCGCCCCGCCACCCCAGCAGCAGCAACAGCCGUACGGGCAGCCGGCCUACGGCUACCAGCAGCAGCAGAACCCCUACAACGCGCCCGCCCCGCCCAUGGCCGUGGCAAACCCGCCGCCGGCACAGCAGCAGGAGGCGCAGCCGCAAAAGGAGAGCUUCGCCAAGAAGGCCGGCAGCAAAUUGGGAAACGCGGCCCUGUUUGGUGCUGGUGCCACGCUUGGUGGCAACAUCGUCAACUCCAUCUUUUAG